CCCCUUUAAGGAAGCCAAGGGCUGCGCUGACUGGCUGGGGCGGUCAGCCAAUCAACGAGGCGAGGCCCGGUUCCUGCUCCAUUCUGCGGUCCCAGAGCUUGAAGGCCUCUGCCACGGUCACCGUGACCCCGCGCCUCUGCCGCCCCCCGGCAGGUGUGAUCUCCCCUGAGGACCACAGGGAAGCUCAUCUCCCUGCUUGGCUUCUACCUUUAACUCUUGGGAGCAUCCCCUAACACAUCCAAACUACAAUCCAGACCCAAGAGGGCAAAGUCCAGAAAGAGGUCAAGAUGGGGUUUAUAUUUUCAAAAGCUAUGAAUGAAAACAUGAAAAACCAACAGGAGUUUGCGUUAAUGAAUGCUCGACUUCAGGGUUUAGAGCCCUGAGGACUGGGCAGGACUCUGCAAAUAGAAGAAAUGGGCCACUGGGAUGGAAGACAACACAUCUUUCUAGAAAGGCAGCUAAUAAUGCAGAAUGAAAUGAGAGAAAGACAAAUGGCCAUGCAGAUUGCUUGGUCUCGAGAAUUCCUCAAAUAUUUCGGAACAUUUUGUAGCCUUGCAGCAAUCUCUUUAACAGCUGGAGCAAUAAAAAGGAAGAAGCCAGCCUUCCUCUUUCCUCUUGUUCCAUUAGGCUUUGUCUUUACCUACCAGUAUGAUUUAGGCUAUGGAACCCUUCUACAAAGAAUGAAAGGUGAAGCCGAGAACAUACUGGAAUCAGAAAAGAGUACAUUGCAGUUGCCAAAAGGAAUGAUUACUUUCGAAAGCCUUGAACAAGCCAGAAAGGAACAAAGUAAAUUCUUCAUAGACAAAUGAAAUCAUGUUUACCCACCAAAUCUCAAAACACAGAAUUGUUGACUCGAAUCAUGGUUUUUACAAUUUCUUAAAUGCUCGAGAUCUUGAUGUAAUGGAUUUUAUUUUUAAAUUUUAAAAAUCAGUUUUGUUAAACUAUUUUAAAGUAAAAUUUAUAACAUUCAACAAAAAAUGGAGGUUCUCUAAGUAACUUUCAGAUUUCCUAUAUGUGUGUGUGUGUAUAAUAAAUAAAUGUGAAAUUAAUAAACUAUGUUGUUUUGAAUUCCUGAAA